UUUAAGUUCUUAGAUCGUUAUCCCACAGGGCGGCCUGACUAGGGGUGGCGGCUUCCCAGCGACAGGGAGAGAGGGGGUCCCGGCGUUGCACGCCUGGUCCUUUUCCCUCCGUUUGCGAGCUGAGCCCCGAAACCAGAGCUGGAAGCGGCGCGGUAUGGCGGCCCCAGAGGGGGAGCCCGCCGGGGCCGAGGCCGCUGAGCCGGCGUUUUGGGCCCAGCUGGAGGCCCCUGUCCGCCUCCUGCUGCGGGCGCUGCAGGCUGGGCCCGACGGGGCGCGGCGCGGCCUGGGGGUGCUGCGGACGCUGGGCAGCCGCAGCGGGGAGCCCUUCGUCUGGGGCCGCCUCCUCGAGGCGCUGUGCCGGGAGGAGCCGGUCGUUGAGGGCCCGGACUGCCGCCUGAAGCUUUCUCUGUUGCAGGACUUGGUUCCCAGGCUGCAGCAGCGGAUACAGACCCUCAGAGAGGGGUUGGAGAUGGAAGGUGCCCCCCCAGUUGAGCUGCAGCUUCUCCAUGAAUGCAGCCCCAGCCAGGUAGAACUGCUGUGUGCCCAGCUGCAGCUCCCGCAGCUCUCAGACACAGGCCUCCUGCAGUUCUGCACCUGGCUGCUGGCCCUCUCACCACAUCUCAGCCUCAGCAGUGCCACCGUGCUGGCGAGGAGCCUCUUUCUUGAGCGGAUUCUUGCCCUGACUUCCUCGGCCUCCCGCCUGCUCAUGACAGCCCUGACCUCCUUCUGUGCCAAGUAUACCUACCCCUUCUGUAGAGCCCUCCUUGGCCCUGUGCUCCAGGCCCCAGGAAUAGGUCCAGCUCAAACAGAGUUACUGUGUUGCCUGAUGAAGGACAGCUCCCUGGAGCCAGACACUCAGCUUCUCAUGCUGGGACAGAUCUUGGAGCUACCGUGGAAGGAGGAGGUUUUCUCGGUGUUACAAUCACUCUUGGAGCAACAGGUGGAGAUGACCCCUGAGAAGUUCGACAUCUUGAUGGAGAAGCUCUGUAAAGAGGGGCCAGCAGCUACUACAUCCGUGACCUACGCCAAGCUCAUGCUGACAGUGAUGAACAAGUAUCAGGCCAGUAUCACUGAGACCCAUAGACUGGGCCUCACCACAGCUCUGGAGACCAACACCACUUUCCUGAGGAAGUCCCUGUGUGCUGCCCUGAGACAGCUGGCCCCCUGACUGUCCACCAGGAACCACACUCCUAGAGCUACCUCGCUGGUGUCCCGAAGGACACUUCUGCUCUCACUCUGACCCCAUACCUGGAACGAGCCUCACUAUUCCAGGAACCAGCUGCCUCUCUGUUCUAGGCUGCAAAGAUGUCUUCUUGGCCUCCCAGCCAGCAGGGAUGGUCCUGAGCUAAAGGAGCCAAAGAGCUGUAUUUGCAAAGGCUGCUGACCCUGCGCUGACUCCUUGACAUUGCUACCCCAGGCUCAAGGGACAGAAAAUGAUAGGCACAACUGACAGAGCAGACUCAGAGGAGAUGAAUGAUGAUGCUCCAGGAGACCUGUGAUCUCAAGUGUGUAUGAGGACCUUCUGUGUUAUUUCUGGCUUGAAUAAUUUAUCAUUUAUAUUUAAUAAAAAGCAGAGAUAUUUAAU